CUGGCAUUAGGCUCUCUGCAACACAGCAGUCAUUGGCCUGUUUCAAGAGGGUCGUGCGCUAUUAUUAGGAAGCCCGCUGGUUUCACUCCACACGACCUGGUUGCUUCUUUCCAUCGUCUCCUGUCGCCGUACGAAGUAUCUACAACGUGCUGCGCAAGCCAACGCGAGAUCUAAUGGAUAGUGUACGGCAGCACAUAGCCUCUCGAGGCUAUGGCGUCAAUGCCACCUACAUCUACGAAUAUUCAAGGGGGUUGAAUGGUGUCGACGUACCGCGAGAUCAUUUGUUUACACAGAUCAUCUACGCGUCGUUGACCAUGCUUGCAUUCGUCGUGUUUUGCGGACGAAUCGCUCAGAUCAGCCAUGCUUACCUUCGCCAUAUCACCUCUCUGACGGCAGGCAGACGAGAACAAACCUUCUGGAGUGUCGAGGUAUCAUCUGCCUGGGCGAACAUCAAGAAGCAUAUCCUGUAUGCACCCCUGGGAAGCAAGAGACACAACCGGGAAAUCCAGAUCUCGUCGGCUCUCAACGUGGGCACAGUGCCUUCCAGAUUCCAAACCAUUUUCGUUGGUCUGUAUCUCGCAAGUCAGAUUGCCUAUUGUGUGAUUCUCGACUACAGGGUGAACGUCAAGGCAGCCCUUGUCGCUGAACUUCGUGGUCGUUCCGGGACGCUGGCCGUUUUCAACAUGGUCCCUCUUUUCCUCCUCGCUGCCCGCAACAACCCGCUCAUUCCCCUGUUGCACAUCAGCUUCGAUACCUACAAUCUGCUUCACCGGUGGCUUGGCAGAAUCGUGGUCAUUGAGAGCAUUGUCCAUACGACCGCUUGGGCGGUCAAUGCAUGCGACGAAGUCAGUUUCACUGACAUGCUUGCACGUCUACGUGAUACUCCCUUCUUCUCCUGGGGCUUGGUUGGGACUGUCGCCAUGGUAGUCUUGGGCCUUCACUCUCCGUCUCCCAUUCGGCACGCUUUCUAUGAAACAUUCCUGCAUAUCCACCAACUGUGUGCUCUCCUUGCAUACAUUGGUGUCAUCAUGCACUUGGAUCUUGACAACCUUCCCCAGAAGCCCUGGCUCAUUGCGGUUGGGUUCAUGUGGCUAUUGGAGCGACUGGCUCGCCUUGGCCGCAUUGCGUACCUGAACAUCUCUCCCAGCAAGGGUUCUACGACUCUGACCAUUGAGGCUCUCCCGGGCGAGGCCUGCCGAGUGACCUUCCAACUCCCCAAGCGCGUUCAUGUCGGCGCAGGUAGCCAUGUGUAUGCCUACAUUCCCAGCGUUGCACUCUGGAUGUCGCAUCCAUUCUCUGUAGCCUGGGUUGAGCCCAGCGAGUCAGUGACAUCCCCCGCAACCACCGGAAGGAUGUCCGACCUCGAGAAGCAGCCUGUCUCGGACCUGGACAAGUACAUGAAGGCCCACCAGCAACCGACCUCGGUGUCGCUCAUCGUGGGUGCUCGUCAAGGUAUGACGCGUAAGCUAUACAACAAAGCGCUGGCUGCGCCCAGUCAAACGCUUCGCACGUCAGGCUUCAUCGAAGGACCAUAUGCGUCUCAUGCAUGCAACCUGGCCAGCUACGGCACUGCGGUGCUCUUCUCCGCCGGUGCUGGCAUCACACAUCACAUGCUCUCCGUCCGGGAUCUGAUCAUUCGCUCCACCGAAGGACGUGCUGCGACUCAAAAAAUCUACCUCAUCUGGUCUGUCCGCAGCACAGAACAUCUUGCCUGGGUGCGAGAAUGGAUGGAUCAAAUCCUUCGGUUGCCUGGUCGCCGGGACAUCCUGAUAAUCAAGCUUUUCGUCUCGAAGCCCAAGUCCAGUCGGGAGAUUGUCUCGCCCAGUGCCACAGUGCAGAUGUUUCCUGGCCGGUGCAAGGCUGACGUUGUCCUCGACGAGGUCAUCCCUGAGCGUAUCGGCGCGACGGUCGUCUCCGUGUGUGGCCCUGGCGCGUUCGCCGAUGAAGUCCGUGCAGCUGCACGAUCUCGGAUCGGCAAGGGCGCUGUGGUCGAUUUCGUCGAGGAAGCCUUUACGUGGUAACCUGAUCACCCCCCAAAAUUGUAUCAAGUUGCUUUCUGCUUGUGAAUGCUAUUGUGCUUGAAGCCUUACCUUAUUUUUCUUCUUUUCAUUCUUUGUUCUUUUUGACGGCUGACCGUCCUCCCGCCCUAAUAUUCUUGUGAAAACUUCUAUUGUCAUUUUUUCUUCCCUUCUAUCCUCUCACUCAAUUUCUUUAUCCUCUCCUUUCUCUGAGAUAUAUAUAUACAAAGCAUUGUCCAUUCUUACAACCCUGACACAUCGUGCCAGCAGCAGCAGCAGCGAGAAAAACCAUUACCCUGGAUCUAACCCCGCAUCAUCAUCGACUUUGUAUCUUCUUGUUCCUGCAACUCCAGCCUUUUUGCCUCCAGUUUAAU